GGGCGGGAGGACGGUCCGGGCCGGAGCGGAGCGGAGCGGUUAAUGGCGGCGGCGGGCUCCGCGGCGGCGGUGGCGGUGGCGGCGGCGGCGGCUCGGGAUCCCGUCUCCGGAGGGGCGGCGGGCCCAGGCCGGAGGAGGGCUUACACCAAGGUUCCCAAUCACCAGUUUCGGUGGAGCGCUUCUUGAGGAUGGCCUUCGCCGCAUCUUUGUAGCCGUUUAUGAAGAUUCCCGGAUGCAUGAGCUGUAGCUAGAGAGAACGUGUGCUAAAGCAGAAGGUUGUUUCAUUGUCAGAAAGCAGUUUAGUUUGUCACGCUUAGAUUAAAAAGUUUGCAGCACCAAUCUGAUUGACUUUAAUGCUUUCUCUAGGGUGAGCCUCAUAGAACCUACUAGAGACUACAAAGAAUUCUAGGCAAAAUAGAACACGAAAUAGUUUGUUCUAACAAGUAAGAUGGAUCCCUGUUCAGUUGGAAUUCAGCUUCGCGCUACUAAUGAAUGUCAUAAGACAUACUAUACCCGCAAUACCGGCUUCAAGACUUUGCAAGAAAUAUCAUCAAAUGAUAUGCUUUUACUUCAGCUUAGGACUGGAAUGACCCUUUCGGGAAAUAAUACAAUCUGCUUCCAUCAUGCAAAAAUUUACAUUGACAGAUUUGAGGACUUGCAAAAGUCGUGUUGUGACCCAUUUAACAUUCACAAAAAGCUUGCAAAGAAAAAUUUGCAUGCUAUCGAUUUAGAUGAUGCAACCUUUCUAAGUGCCAAGUUUGGAAGACAGCUUGUACCUGGUUGGAAGCUUUGCCCAAGGUGUACACAGAUAAUCAAUGGAACUGUGGAUAUUGACUCUGAAGAACGCCAAAGAAGAAAACCUGAUUCAGACGGACGAACUGCUAAAGCCUUGAAGUCCUUGCAGUUUGCCAAUCCAGGGCGCCAAACUGAGUUUACUCCAGAGACAAGUAAGAGGGAAAAGAGAAGGUUGCAGUCGAAGAACACCCCAGCUAAUUCAGACAGACAAGUGAUACCAGCCAAGAGUAAAGUCUAUGAUAGCCAGGGACUCCUCAUCUACAGCGGAAUGGACCUCUGUGACUGCCUGGAUGAAGAUUGUUUGGGUUGUUUCUAUGCUUGUCCCAACUGCGGAUCUAACAAGUGUGGGCCUGAAUGCCGCUGUGACCGCAAGUGGCUCUAUGAGCAAAUUGAAAUCGAAGGAGGUGAAGUUAUUCGUAAUAAGCACGUGGGCUAACUUAAAGGCAGUUCUAUUUCAAAGGUGUUAGGCGGCCUAAAGGUCAGAAGAAAAUGUAUAGUACACGUCGAUGCUGUGUUUCAGGGAGAUUUCGGGGGGGAUUCAGUGUUUCAUUUCUGUUUUAAAAAGGGCUGCUGUUACUCAGAGUAACAGCUUUAAUCCAUUGUGGGUAAGCAAACCAGUCAGAAGGCUGGAACCAGUGCCCGGCUCUUCAAGGAGAAUGGAUCCCAGUACAACGGAGUGGGUGAAGGCUAAAAACCGGCCUUAAGUCACUGUGACUUAAUCACAAGGUUAGGUCAUCAAAAGAUAUCUGCACAAUUAAGUGUGUGCCUUUCUUGGAGAUCAAUUUAGCCUUUUCUCCCAACCAUUAAACGUGGGGUUUGUUAUAGCUUCACAUGUACAGUAUGGCCCAGAAAAUAGGGGUGCAUCUUUGACUCUCAGUGAUCCUGUUUGAUUUUGCAACUGCUGACACCUUUCCCCCCCUUUAGACUCAAUACCCCCUUAGUUUAGACUCUUACGAAGAUGUUCUGAUAAAAACCAUAUUAAGAAGACCUUAAAAUGAAAUGUAGGUGCUAAAAUUCCAAACUCAUGUAGCCUGCUAGCAGAGAUGCACCUUUUGUGACUACCCAAGUAAAAUCACUGCGUAUUGGGUGUGGGCACCUAGAAAUCUAUUUCUCUGAGUGAAACAACUACUGAUUAGUGUCUUAGGCUUCAACGAUAUUCCACUGUUUGCUACGGGGACUAAGAUUCAUUUUUGCCUCCAAACACCUUCAAACUUCCAAGGCCAAACUACGGUACCCAACCGGACUGUCUGGUUUAUCAUCUUCUUUCAGGCAGUUUGGGGAGACUUUGUAUUCAGUGUAUUACUACUGCAGCAUAAUUCAUGAUACUCUUAGUUGGAGGCCUGUCUUAAGUGAGCUUACCUUGAGGUAUGUACAGACAGGUAGAAUUUCACUUCUUUUAGAUGCGAAUAGCUGGUGUGAAAUUGAAUUGGCUGCCUUUUAGUCAACUACUUUUGUUUUUAAUAUUGGUGUUCUUGGCAUGGUAGCUAAUUAGUUGAUUACAUCAUAGCUAAUUAGUUGAUUAUAUCAUAGCUAAUUAGUUGAUUACAUCAAGAACAACACUUCCGUCCUCACAAACCGUAGCUGGCAUUUUGCAUCAUGCUUGAAUGUGUUUACUUCGCCCACUGAGCUUUAAGUGAAAGUCGUAGGACUCGUGUUUUAAUGGACUAUAAAGAGAUGUAAAUCCAACUCGUUUAGAGCUGAAUUUUGGUGGGCUUAUUUAGAAAGUAUGAAAUUUAACAUCAACAUUUCUCUCUUUUUCCUAUUCCAUGACUAGUUUUUAAGCGGUCCAGUUCUUGAGGACUACUCUAACUCUGAAUUUUGAUGGUGAGCUUAAUGUACGCAGGUUGGAAUGGCAGCCAAUUUUAGGGUGUAAUAAAUAGAUUGCUUUUAUUUCAGGUUUGUCAUUUUCAAUACAUUAUUAAAUAAAUUAUACUUGUGGGAUUUACAUGCAAAUAUUAAUUGAAAAGCGGUUAUUAUAACAUUUUCAGGAUCGUACAGUCAACAUAUUUCGAGAACAAGGACCUGCAACUUUUGUAAUAGAAAUCCUGGAUAUUUGUUAUAAAACUUCAAUAUCUUGGUUUGUGCUGACAUCUGCUGGUGUUUUCUGAAAAUAAACUGAGCUUUACAGGUCA